AUGAAAUACUUUGCACCUGAUUCUGGAGACCUCUCCAUUCAUUUGCAAGAGCUAGAUCCAUCGAGCUAUCGGGGCGGCAAGGACUCCCACAGCUCACGGUCAGACUUGCAAACGAAGGGACCGGGAAUCUUCGGCAUCAAGAUAAACCCAGGUGUCACCGAAUCUGCCACCAGCACAAUGAAGCUUCGACGUUCCAAUUCGUGGCCCGAUGACGGCGACAUACGAGACCCGGAGAUGGCGUCUUCGCCAAGAUGGGUAGUAACAGAAAAGCGGAUGAGACUGUUUUGGUGGACACUACGUUAUGUGACGGUAUUCGUGGUGGUAUUUGUGGCCUUACUGAUACCUAUCAUCCUGUUUGCGAAUGACGCCGACAUAGAAGACAAUGAUACCCUUGAAGCCAUUCAAGCACGGCAGUAUAAAAAUCUUGUCUUCUUCUUGUGUCUGUGGUUGGAGGUUACUUGGAUUUGUGUCAUAUUUUUCGAUAUUGUCGGGUUGUCUUUGCCAUAUCUCUUUAGGUUUAUUGCAAGAUACGUCAACUCGGCCCAUCAGCGUUAUUGGCGAGUCUUUAAAUUGAUGCGGCGUCCUAUUUGUUUUCUUUUUGGAACUAUCAUGUGUUACAUUUCAUUCACGGUGCUCAUCAACCUCAACCCCAUUCUUGGUGUAAACAUUCAAAAAGACCCAAACUCGGAAUACGCCUCAUGGGACGACAUCAUCGAUGACGUACUUGAGCGCCUAACCCUAUGGGUGGCAUUUUACUUUCUCGAGAAAGUUUUCAUUACUUAUAUUGCCGUACAUUAUCAUUUUCGACGCUCGAAUACUACACUGCUACGGGGCAAGGAAGUGCACAAGGCGCUCUCGGUCCUUUAUGAGGCUUCCCUGUCGCUCUUCCCGGAAAACAACUCAACGUUCUUGAAAGAGGAUCGUGUAAUCCGUAAUGCAACUGGAAAGACGAAUGCUUCUUCCCGCGUUCGAUUGUCGAGCUACCUUGCACGGCUUCAUAUGGACACGUACAAAGUCGUGUCUGUCUUCGGAAAUUUCAUAUCAGAUUCCGAAAAUGCUCACUGGAUGAGACCAGGAUCUCCUUAUGCUGUAAUCGAUCGCGCAUGGACGGAUGACGUUGCUGCUAACGCCCUUGCCACGCGCAUAUGGAUGUCACUCGUCAUUAGCGGGAAGCAAGGCCUGACGAAACGGGAUGUCAUUGAUGUCUUGGGCGUAGAGCACACUGAGGAAGCUGAUAAGCUUUUCAAGAUUAUUGAUGAGAAUGAGACUGGUGAGAUCCAGUUGCGUGACUUCAUUGGCCUGGUAAGAGAUACAGGCGCGGCAAAGCGCAAAAUAUACCGAGGAAUCGCUGAUAUGGAUCACUGUGUCAAUACAUUCGACUGGCUCUGUCUUGUGAUUCUGGCAUUCGUCAUGGUUUUCUUUAUUGUGGUUCAAUAUGUUCCCGCGAUCAAGCAAAUUCAAUCCAUCCUUUCGUCUCUUGCUAUUGGUCUGUCGUUUGCCAUUGGCCGAACAUUCCAUCAUCUCAUAAGCGGUAUCAUCUUCGUUUUCUUCGAUCACCCCUACGAUACGGGAGAUGUCGUCCAUAUCUCCAACGCAGGUGUACCUACCGGUCCGGCCUUCGCUGUGAAACGACAGUCUCUGUUGUAUACAGUAUUCCGACGCUUAGAUAAUGGCACUGAUGUGCAAAUCUCGAACGAUCAACUGGCCCUGAGAAUUAUUGAGAACUAUACCCGGUCAGGCAUCAAUCGUCAGGGUAUAUCGCUGUUUAUUGAUAUUCGCACAAGCUUCAAAGAUCUAGCGAAGCUUCGUUCGACCCUUGAAGGAUUCCUUGCUGAGAACCCCAAGGACUAUGUGCCUAAUACUCUUGGAUUCAGCGUUGUGUCAAUUCACGAACUGAACAAGAUGGAACUGAGACUGGGAUUUACGCACCGCAACAAUUGGUCGGAUGACAAACUCCGAGCACAGAGGAGCAACAAGUUUCACUGUGCUCUCGUGGCGGCCUGCCGGUCGAUUCCGAUUUAUAAACCCGGCUCGAUGCUCCCUGGAGCAGGUGAGAAUGGCAACCCAAUGUAUGUUGCUCAACUGGGAGAUACGAUGGCUUUAAGCGAAAAUAUCCAAAAAGAGAAAGAUCGUCGCCAGGGACUUCGGUGGGAUUCUCAGAAUCAAGACACGUUGGAAAAGAAACAAGAUCCGCUCGUGGAUGAUGAGGAAUUGCAGUCGGAGGUACAACCAGCGACUACAACAAUGACGGCAGACGAAAAGAAAAAGUUGGAAGAAGAUCAAGCUCUCCAACGGUUGACUCAAAUAAGCGCAGGCAAGGACAAAAUUUCUCAGAGCACUGGCGUGGAUGCUACCCGACCAGCGGUGGGUUUGCGAGUACGUGGGCGACGAUAG